CUGGGCGUUUAGCGGCGUGUGGAAGCGGAAGGAGAGAGCGCUCGGUGCCGUGGCCGGAGAAUAAGCUCCUUUCAUGGUUGGAAGUGUGAGCGGGCGUCGCUCCGGUUGAAGCCGUUUCGCCAUGAGAAGAGUCACCCUGUUCGUUAACGGGACGUCCUCAAACGGAAAGGUGGUGGCCGUGUACGGAUCUCUGGAGGACCUGCUGUGCGUGGCCAGCUCCAAGCUGGGGAUCAGAGCCUCCAGCGUUUACAACGGGAACGGCGGCCUCAUAGACGACAUAGCGCUGAUCAGAGACGAUGACGUGCUCUACGUUUCGGAGGGAGAUGCGUUUGAAGAUCCUCAGGAGGACCCCAGAGGCCCUGAAAACGAUCAGACUCACACUGAUUGGCUGACACUCAACGUCGGUGGACGCUGCUUCACCACCACACGGAGCACGCUGGUCAGUAAAGAGCCGGAGAGCAUGCUGGCCCACAUGUUCAGAGAGAAAGACGUGUGGGCGAACAAGCGGGACUCUCAGGGGGCGUACCUGAUCGACCGCAGUCCCGACUACUUCGAACCCAUCCUGAACUACCUGAGGCACGGGCAGCUCAUCAUCAACGAAGGCAUCAACCCUCUGGGUGUGCUGGAAGAAGCUCGCUUUUUUGGCAUUGAGCAGCUCGCCGAGCAGCUGGAGACCCUCAUAAAGUCCUCUCAGCCUCCUGACGAUCACUCCCCUCUGACCCGCAAAGAGUUCAUCCGGUUCCUGCUGGCCACGACCACGAAGUCCGAGCUGCGCUGUCAGGGUCUGAACUUCACCGGUGCCGAUCUGUCUCGUCUGGAUCUGCGUUACAUCAACUUUAAGAUGGCCAACCUGAGAGGAACCAACAUGACCCACGCUAACCUGAGCGGGGCCAACCUGGAGAGGGCCGACCUGUCCGUGGCCUGCCUCGAUGGGGCCAACCUGCAGGGUGUGAAGAUGCUGUGCACCAACGCUGAAGGAGCGUCACUGCGAAGCUGCAACUUUGAGGAUCCUGCAGGAAUCAAAGCCAACCUGGAGGGUGAAGCAGCCAAUCAAGAACAUUCUUCAGAUAAACAUGCAGAUACUGUGGUCAAUAUGGUUUUACUCGUGUGUGUGUGUGUGUGUGUGUGUGUGUGUGUGUGGAGUACAGGAGCCAACCUGAAGGGCGUGGACAUGGAGGGAAGUCAGAUGACGGGCAUCAACCUGAGGGUGGCCACGCUGAAGAACGCCAAACUGAAGAACUGUAACCUGAGGGGAGCAACUCUGGCUGGGACUGACCUGGAGAACUGUGACCUGUCUGGCUGCGACCUUCAGGAAGCGAACCUAAGGGGCUCCAACGUGAAGGGGGCCAUCUUUGAGGAGAUGCUGACUCCUCUGCACAUGUCUCAGAGUGUGCGGUGAACCCGUCUACCAUUAUGACCUGCACUCACAGUGCCACACCAACCAGUGAAUGCCAAACACGUUUAUUAUUACUUUACUGUCAGCCCAAAGGUCAGCCACAGCAUUAAAACCACCUCCGAUCCAUCUGGGGCACCUCCCCAGGUCGGUGGGUCCUCUGGGCUUUGUUUUGGCCUUCAUAGAUCCAGGUCGGGCUCUUUGCUGAGUUCUUGGAGCUGCUGCUGAGCAGCUUCUGAUGUCGUGGGAGACCACUGCCACUGGGGAGUGCUAUGAUGGGUGGGUGGGUGGUUCUUGCCAGAGGAACAUCCACCUGAAUACAGUUAGAUCAUAGCGAGCUGAUCAGUGUUGGUCAGUGGUUGUAACGUUGUGGCUGCUCAGUGUAACGCCAUCUUUUUUCACUGUUUUUCAAACAUGUCUGCAUCUCUUUGGGGGGGCAAUGAUGGUGCCUUUGAUGCUUCUGAAUGUAUUUUUUUUUAAUUUUAACAGGUUUGUGGUAUUCAUGAGCCUUCAGACUGUUCUGAGAUGUUUUAUAUUUGCUUCUAAUAUAUUUUAAAGGGGACUUUUUCUGCUCGUUUCCAGCUCAGCAUUUAUGUUCAUGAAGUCUGCCCAACCAGCUUUGCAUGAUUCACAGUUCAGAAUAAUCCUUCUUUAUCUCGUACUGGGCUUUGGCGCGGCUCCUCGGUUCAUCCUCUGUCUGUGGCAUCCCUCAAGGAUCUAUUCUUGGUCCUCCUGUUUUCAUCAUAUCAGCUUCCUGUUGGGAUUUAUAUUUGGAAAGUAUGGCACUCUUUUUCAUUGUUAUGCAGGUGAUACCCUGUUUGACUGUUACAAACCAAAAACUGCCGACAGUCACUUUUAUUUUGUGUAGAAGGACAUAAAAACCAUAUCAGGGCUGUCAAACACAGGCCGUCGUGGAUGAAACAUUAAAUUUCUCUGUUUUACAGCAGGUUUUCACAGUAGAAAGAGAAGACGCUCGGCCUUCUGUGAACUCAUUAGCAUGUUUUUGUAGCGUUACAGAUGUACUUCGUUAGCCUGAGGAGCCGUGCUCGCGUGUUUUAUGUGCUACAGCAACACUUCUCUGGCUUCAGGCCGGCUCGGAGCGGGAGCUCUGAGGCAGGGUGUUUUACUUUAAAAUCUCAGGCCUUUUAUCAUCUGGAUGGUUUUUAAAUGUGAAUGUUUUUAGGAUGAACCUAAUAUUUUUUAUAGGCUGUUAGUUUUAGUGGUCUGGCUCAGGUAGGAUCAUGGUGAACUGUACAUGGCCCACAGACUGAAAUGAGUUUGACCCCUGCUGGAGGUCAUGUGAGCAGAUGGUCCAGGUGGAAAAAGCUUUGUGGGGUUUCUGAAGGACCAGAGAGACUGUAAGGCUGUCAGCAAAUUAGUGGCAGUGGCGCAGUGGGUAGGCACUCGCCUUGCAGCCGAGUUGCUGGUUCGAGCCCCUGUCCCUGCGCUGCGUUGUGUCCUUGGGCAAGACACUUAAACCACAUUGCCUAACAGUA